CGCUUCCUCAGUCGACUCCAACUCAACACCACUUCAACUCGCCGCAAACAAGGGAAUGAUGCUGCGGCACGUGCCGAAAAUAUCUGACAGUACAUGAGCCUCAUGCGCCGGGAGUGAACCCCAACUCUGACGAAGCGAGCCAGCCAACGCGACGAUGCUUGCGGUCUUCUGAAUUGAUUUGCGUUGAAGUGCACUGCCCUGGUGAGAAUGCUCAUGUUGGAGUUCUUGAAUGCGUCGAGUACAAGGUCGUGUUCCCUUGGAUGAAAAUCACUUGAAGUCAUCGUCGCGGCGCUCGAGAGCCACUCAGGAUUACGGAGGUGAAGUGACCGUCGUCGAACCGGCAUCGCGCCAUGAUUCAAAAUAAGGGUUGCUGAGCUAGAUACUACGCGUGUGAUGACAGUUGGAUAUGGACCGAACUUGUUGAUAUUAAUGACUCUCGCAGCUUGAUUGCUUUCACGGAACAAACCGAGGAGCCGACGGUGGGUUCGAGUUGAGUGAUGUAAGAAUCUUGCCGAGAUUGGUCAGUUCUGCGGAUGAUGAUCAUCUUGACCUUGAUUUGCGUCAAAUCUAAAACCUUUCUGAUCUUUGCGAGGCGGAAAUCCUGAUAUCUUGACAGUGCUGAAAGUUGGCGUUGGUUUUGGACUCUGAUCGUUUGAUGUGAGCUAGCUAGCUUAUCUAGUCUUGGUUUCGACAUGAACAAACUUCUCACUCCUCAUGAUUUUCAUCUAGCUUCGUACGGGUCUUAUCGGCGAGCUUUUCAAGUGCAUUAAAUGUGUGAAAAUGUUUUUGAGUAUAGCCGUUGGAGUUGAAUCGUGGAUUUGCGAGAUUCUCAUGGAAUCUAUGUGAAGGCCGCACACUCGUGCAACAUCAUGAACAAAGGUUCCAAUAUGUUCAUCAUCAAGGGUCGGCCGACCUCGUAUGCUGAGCACGUUGAGUCGUUUAAACUCUGAGGUGAACUCUUCCUCAAGGUCUAGAAGUUCAAGACAUGGGGGCGGAUGUUCUCGGGUUGCUGCCGGGAAUGCGGCAAACUGCAUCGGCAUCAACAAUUCAGCAUAGCUUGGAGCAAUCAGGGAAAGUCUAGCGACUUUCAUGCUUAUUUUAUCACGCAAUAGCGCCGUCUCUGGAGCGGUAAUACUUUGAAACAAAUGUAUUCUCUUUGAACCG